AGUUACCUGUCAUUUGACCGCACUGUCGCCACAGAUGAAUCAGGAGUAUGCCUAUCCAGUAUGACCAGCCCAGACGACAGCACCCGUCUUGGUCCCCGGCGAGACACCGACCCCGCCAGCGAUGACGACCCCCUCGGCGCCCAAUCGACCAACAAUGAUGAACGCCCGCUGACCCGCGAUCAGCCCGCCGGUGGCAACCACUGGGGCGUUCUUUUUAAAGCCAUCCGCGAAGGCACCUCCCAGCUGGCCGAAAAACUCGGUCGCGAUCCCGACGGCGGCGAUGGACUGGAUUCUGCCUGGCAUCCGGAAGAUUACGGCUUUCAGGAGGAUAUUGAGAUGCGGGAUAUGAUGGAAAAACAGGAAAUGGAGGAUCAGGAAUAUGCCAGCAAGCUGCAGGAUGUCCUGGGCUCGGAUGCCAAUUUGCUCGUCAACAACUUGGGUUUGGGGGAGACCCCGUCGCGCACCAACAGCAACGAUGAGAAUCUCAUCGGGGGUGUCCUCUGGCAUCUGCUGAGCCACCAGAUGGGACACAAUCCGGAGGAAAUCCACGACGACGGUGCUGUGCCGGUCUCCUCGGAAGACGGCCUGGCGCCGUUACCGAGUGAGCUACGGAAACGUCGCAAGAAGAAGUGGUACGAUGAGGAUCCGACCAACGACAAGGAGGGACGGAAGAAGAUGAAGGAGGCGCUGUUGACACAGAAAAUCGGGUCGCUGCUGACGCGACAACGCUACAUGAUCCAGCUUUGUCGCGCUUUGAUGAAAUUCGGCGCGCCCACCCACCGCCUGGAGGAAUACAUGCAGAUGACGGCCAACGUGCUGCGCGUGCAGGGCCAAUUCAUGUACAUCCCCAGCUGCAUGAUCAUCUCGUUCGAUGACCCACUCACCCGCACCGCCACGGUCAAGCUGGUCCGGACCGUGCAUGGACUGGAUCUGGGACGACUGGGGGAUAUCCACAAUUGCUACAAAAACGUGCUGCACGGGCGGUUGUCGGCAGAAGAGGCCCUCCCAGUGAUGGACGACCUAAUUACCCGACAGAGCAAGUUCCACAAGGCCUGGAUGCUGGUGCUGCUCUCAGGACUGGCCAGCGUGGCCGUCGGCCCGUGGGCGUUUUCCGCCCGUCCGGUGGACAUGCCGAUUAUCUUUGUCCUGGGCUGUAUUCUGGGGAUCAUGCAGCAUGUGGUCGCGCCCCGGUCGGCGCUAUACUCGAAUGUGUUUGAAGUGACGGUGGCGAUGGUCACGUCGUUUCUGGCUCGGGCAUUCGGGAGCAUCUACUAUUCCAACGGACAGCCGGUGUUUUGCUUCUCAGCCCUGGCGGAGUCGUCCAUUGCGCUGAUCCUCCCGGGAUACUCGGUGCUGUGCAGCAGCCUGGAGCUGCAAUCUCAUCAGAUCGUGGCGGGAUCGAUCCGACUGGUCUAUACGAUUAUUUAUUCGCUCUUCCUGGGCUACGGCGUGACGGUGGGCCUCACCAUCUACGGGCUGAUUGACGAUCAUGCGACCGAUUCAACCACCUGCCCGGCGCAGACGGAGAACAUCUAUGGCAGCGUGUACGUGCAGGAGUUUGUGUUUGUGGCCAUCUACUGCGCAUUUGCGGCGAUUCUCAACCAGGCCAAGUGGAAGCAGCUCCCGAUCAUGUCGUUUAUGGGUGUGGCGGGAUAUACCACGUAUUACUUUACGGCAAACCAUUUGGACAGUCGAUUUGGCAGUACGAUUGGGGCAUUUACCAUUGGGUUGUGUGCGAACUUGUACAGUCGGGUGUGGCAUGGCCAUGCGGCGGCGGCGAUUGUGCCGGGCAUGUGGACGCUGGUGUCGUCCGGUCUGGCGAGCAGUGGCUCGAUCAUCUCAGGACUGGCAUAUGCGGAUGCAGUGAAGAAUAAUACAGUGUCGGACCAGACGACGACGUCGACGGAGGAGUCCUUGGGAGGAUUGGCGUUGAGUAUGGUGCAGACGGCGUUGGGGAUUACGGUUGGACUGUUUUUGUCUGCGAUGGUGGUAUACCCGAGUGGGAAGCGACGGGGAGGGAUAUUCAACUUGUAGAUACAAUCUAUCUUAUGGUGAAUCUAUUCCUGGGUUGAUCUAUCCAUCUAUCCAUCUAUCUGUCCACCAUACUCCCUAGCCAGCUUGCGAUCUUCUAAGCUUACCCCAAACCGACGAAUAACCAACCAGGC